CCUGCGCCCAGUCGUCUCAUUGAACUCUUCACACCACACCCACCCAGAGGAGGACCCAACACGUACGCCUCUCGACUCCAAGAACUCAUCGUCGAAAUCCUUCUAGCCUUCGCUGGUUUUCUGAUGGCGCUGCUGGCGCGGAGGGCACGGAGGGCGGAGACCAAGGCGGUGUCACUCGGCGGCGGCGUGGAGCUGGCGAUCCCGGCGCACUUCCGGUGCCCGAUCUCGCUGGACCUCAUGCGGGACCCCGUCACGGCGCCGACGGGGAUCACGUACGACCGGGAGAGCAUCGAGGCGUGGCUGGACAAGGGCCGCGCCACGUGCCCCGUCACGCACGCGCUGCUCCGGCACGAGGACCUCGUCCCCAACCACGCCAUCCGCCGGGUCAUCCAGGACUGGUGCGUCGCCAACCGCUCCCGCGGCGUCGAGCGGAUACCCACGCCCAAGAUUCCCGUCACGCCCGUCCAGGCGUCCGAGCUCCUGUUCGACCUCGCCGAGUCCGCGCGCGUCCGCGGCCGGGACGACGCUGCGGCGCGGUGCGCCGAGGUGGUCGCGAAGGUAAAGGCCCUCGCCAGGGACAGCGAGCGGAACAGGCGCUGCUUCGUGUCCAUCGGCACGGGCCGCGUGCUGGCCGCGGCGUUCGAGUCGCUCGCUGCCGCUCACAGCGCGCCGGCGGGGGGCGUUCUUGAUGACGUCCUGGAGACAUUGGUCUGCAUGAUGCCGUUGGACGAGGAGGCCGCCAGAAUAUUGGUCUCGCCGAGCUCGCUGCGGUCUCUGGUCGCCAUUGCCGAGCACGGGAGCUUAGCGGGAAGGAUGAAUGCCGUGCUGGCGAUCAAGGAGAUCGUCUCGUGCGACGGAGAGUUCACGGACUUGAGCGAAAAGCUCGACGAGAUCGUAGACGCGCUGGUCAAGAUCAUCAAGUCUCCUAUCUGCCCUCAGGCUACCAAGGCCGCCAUGGUCGCCACCUACCACCUGGCGCGCUACGACGAGCACGUCUCGGCGCGGCUAGCAACCGCCGGGCUCGUCCCCGUGCUCGUCGAGGCCCUCGUCGACGCCGACAAGAGCAUGUCCGAGAAAGCGCUAGCGGUGCUCGACGCGGUGCUCGUGUCGGAGGAAGGCCGCGCGAGCGCGCGGGCGCACGCGCUCGCCGUGCCCGUGCUCGUCAAGAAGAUGUUCCGCGUGUCCGACCUGGCCACCGAGCUGGCCGUGUCGACGUUGUGGCGGCUCGGCAGGGCGCCCCGCGACGGGGAGGAAGAGGAGGACGCGGUGACGCGGUGCCUGGUCGAGGCGCUGCGAGUCGGCGCGUUCCAGAAGCUGCUCCUUCUCUUGCAGGUUGGCUGCAGGGACGCAACCAAGGAGAAGGCCACCGAGCUGCUCAAGAUGCUCAACAAGUACAAGGGCGUAGGCGAAUGCGUCGACGCUGUAGAUUUCAGAGGGCUCAACAAGCUGUCUUAAAUAAAAGGGUAUGCUGAUGUAAAAAGGAUACUGUAAGAUAAAGAGGUGCAACUUUAUUUGGACGUGCUACUUGAACAGCUUAGGUUCAGAAGAAAGAAUGAACAAAACGAAAACAUAAAUCUGUGAUUUUCAUUUGUGAAUAACUUUUGUGUAAAUUUAUUGUUUAGUAGCUUUUAAGGUGUGAGA